AUGGUCUCACCAAAUUUGUUUGCGCACUGUGAUGAUGCCUUGUGCGUUGCAGAGGACAACGCUGUCGCUUUUUUUGCAUCCAAAACUUUAAAAAAGUUCCGUGAAGAGCGUUUUACCGGAGCCCGUCUGUGUGGUCUCUACACCCAACCUUCAUCUGACGGGAAGCAGAACACUUUGCAUGUUAUGGAUGUUGAAGCAAAUUGGUAUGUGCUUUCGAUUAAGCCCGUUGCAGUCAAAUUCAGCACCACAAUAUGUCUGCAGUCCGACUCGGUGCCGUCCGCUUCUGCAGCUGCGGGGCGUUCACACGGCGCUUCCAGCAAGCGAUCUAAAACUGUCCCAGCUGAAGUAACUUCUAAUGGCAUUCAUGAAGUGCACUUUUACGAGCGCAUGGGUCAUUUGUAUGCUAUUCUCCUAACAGACCGUGCCGUUUAUGAAGUUGCACUCAAGUUAGACAGCAACGUGAGCGCUGUUAAGAUUAUUUCGCUUCCAACCGCUAUGCCCGACUGCUUUGCGGCAGUGGGCGCACACACGGGGCUUGUCGUGGUGGCACAGCGGGCACAGCGCUGGCUUCAAUUCUCGCUGCCCAAGGACCGAGAAGAUGUGGCCGUAGCGUGCACGUCUCACAGGCGUGUGCUGCCCAUUUCAAUUCAAAGCAUGGCAUGCAGCCCGACGAGUGAGGCGAUUGCAUUGGGUGGGUGCCGUGGGGAGCUCGUCGUUUUUCCUGAUGCAAACAACACGCACUUCUUCUCGGACCACUGGCAUCACACACCCUUGACGGCCCUGAGUUUUUCUGUGGACGGAUCCACCCUAUACACUGGUGCACAUGAGUCCAUUCUCCUAGUCUGGGAUACCACUUCCUACACCCAUCGCAAGAUCACCUGUGACAUUGGCACCAUUCACUGCGUGGUACCCUCUGUCUCGACCGGCUCCAGGCUCCUCUUGGUGUGUAACACCGCAACCCUGGCUACGGUGAGCCUCCUGAACAUGACGCUGGAGGUGUGCGUAGAAGGGAUCGAGUGGGCGUCAAGUGAGGCGUACAGUGGCCUCGUGGUGGACCGAUGGAUGGGGCAACCGGCUGUCAUAGUGACGGGGCUUCCGAACGUUCUGCGUAUUUGUGAUCCUAUGACCCAACAAGCCGUCUAUUCGCUUCACAUUUCCUCACAACAAGAAACAAUACCGAUGAUGCCGCGCCACGGCAUUCGCCACGCGGGAUUGUUAGGCAACGGUCGUGUGCUGGUCACAUAUGAGUCAUUCACCCCGACCUCCCUUCCACCCUUACUGCGCUUCUGGUCCUACGAAGCAAGUAAAAAACGUCAUGAAGAGGCUCAAACCAUUUAUAAACCGCACGACGGCGAGAUUUUCGCCUUGCGUGUGGAUAAGAAGAAUCAGCGUGUUUUUACCCUUGCUAGAGAAUCUGUGAAGUGCUGGGAGGAGGUUUUUGAGGACGCAAACGACGCCAUUGCAACAGCCCAUCGCAGCUGGCGCAAUCAGUCUACUAAUCCCACACCGACGUUCAAUGUUUCGGAUAUGAUAUUAUCAACCGAUGGAACCCUCUGCUUCUUGGCUGACGACUGUGUUCACGUGUACGCGGUGGCGGAGUGCCGCGCGGGGGAGCCGUGGACUAAAAUUUGUUGUCUGGUUCAGAAUUCCAGCACCGAACCCUUGCGUCACCUGCUGCUGAACGAGACAACCAGGGUGGUCGCGGCGCACGAUGGGAUGCAUGUGUUUCUAUGGGACCUAGCGUCACCUAAGAGAAGCAACGCAUGCUGCGUGAUCCCCUCGACCUCAGCCAGCACGACCAUCACGGCACUGUGCCAGUUUACACCCCACUCCCUGCUGGUGGCAUGCGAGGAUCGCAGCUUAGUCGAGAUCAGUUGUGAUCCCCUGAAUUCUUUCGGAAAUUCCCUCGGAGUCAUUAAAAGCACAAUAUCGAGUCGCAUACUUCACAUGGUUAGUCUGUCUAGUGAGGUCUUUACUGACGAAAAAGAGCGACAGGUGGCUGUCGUUGAUGAUGUCUCUGGGUUUCGCGUUAUCAACGUAUCAAUGCCUCGUCGUAAGCUCGAGGAGGCGAGGUUCACAGAAGAUGCAACCAGAAGUGCCGAAGCUCAUAGGGCUGCUGAUGGGGAUAAGAAGAUGGUCGGCACCUACUUCCGAGAUGACGUUGUUUGGCAGCAAGCCAACCCUGGUUCAGAAGGCGACGUUUUGGACUCUCUCACAAAGACAAAUCGUAUCAAAAAGGUCAAUACCUGGUUAAGGAACGUUCUUCAAGAGCCAUCCUACACAGUGCCUUCAAUGGCAUCUGUUCUUUCGCUCUAUUUAAGGCAACAAAAUGGUCUAGGUUAA